AUGUCACUCUUCAAAAGUUUACAAAACUCUCCUGCAACCAUCAGUAUAUUUCAUAAUAAUAAAGUAUCACUUUCCAACGAAUUGUAUCGGGUUUUGGAUAAAGCAUACUAUAAAUUGAAUGAAGAUAAGAAUAAUUUUCAAGUAGAUCUUAUGGCUAAUAAAAUGCCAACAUAUGAUCAAUUACUCUUGAUAGCCAAUACCUGUUUAAAGGACAAAGCUAGCAAGCAGGCGUUGCAGAAUUGCUAUCCAUUCAUGUACGGUAAGAAGUCUGGUGAAAUCAAUAAUCGAAUUACUGUUGAGUCACCAAUCCGCCCAGAUAACAGUGGCUCAAAUGGAUUAAACAUAUUCAGCGAGGGAGAAUAUGCUAUGAUCUACGAAGCGUUCAACAAAUUGGUUGAAACGAAGGAACCGGAUGUUAAUCCGUCUGAUAUAUUCCAAGCACCAUUAAUUGUGGACUGGGAUCAAUGCUUGAUUGCAGCUGACAAAGAAGGUUUAUCUAGUAUUUUAAAUAAAUACAGGGACUAG